AUGAAAGUUCUCCUGACUCUCCUUACUCUGUGGCUCCUCCUGCUCUCCAUCACGGUCCAGGGCAAGGUCUUUAACCAGUGUGCUAUGGUCAGAAGUCUAAGAAGACUUGGACUAGCUGACUUCCAAGGAAUCAGCCUGGCAAACUGGACGUGUUUGGUCAAAUCGGAGAGUGGUUAUAACACACAAGCUACAAGAUUCCAUAUUAAAGACCAAAGCACCAGCUAUGGGAUAUUUCAGAUCAGUAGCCGAUACUGGUGUAAUGACGGCAAAACCCCAGGAGCAACGAAUUUCUGUCGGAUAUCCUGCAGAGCUUUGCUGAGGAAUAACAUCAAGCCUGCCGUAACUUGUGUAAAGAAGAUCGUGAAGAAUAAACGAGGAAUUACUUCAUGGGAGAACUGGAGAAAAAACUGUCAAAACAAAAAUCUGGCUCAGUACGUUCAGGGCUGCAGAGUGUAA